CAUAUCCUGAUGAGCUGCACGUGACGAGUCUCUGAUUAGACCCUCUGAUUUAAAGGAGCGGCGGACAUGAUCCCUCAACUUUCGUGCUCGCCAUGAAACUGUUGAUCUGCCUCGCUGUCUUCUCGCUGCUCGCGCUGUCCGGCGCAGAACGCCUCCUCAGGCUUCCUCUGCACCGUCACAAGCCCGUCCGUCACCAUCUGCAUGAAGUGGGCACUCCCAUUGAAGUGGCCCUACCCACCAGAAGAUUCGACGAGAGCACACCCUUCCCGGAACCCCUCUCUAACUACUUGGACGCUCAGUACUACGGUCAAAUCUCUCUCGGAACUCCUCCUCAGAAUUUCAAAGUAGUGUUUGACACAGGAUCGUCCAAUCUCUGGGUGCCUUCCAAGAAGUGCAAGUGGACGAACAUCGCCUGCCUUCUCCACAACAAGUAUGACAGCAGCAAGUCCAGCACAUACAAGCCCAACGGCACCGCUCUCGAGAUCAAGUAUGGCAGCGGCAGCAUGACCGGAUAUCUCAGCACGGACACACUGACCAUCGGUCAAACCAAAAUCUCUGGUCAGACGUUCGGAGAAGCCAUAACAGAGCCCGGCCUGACGUUUGUAGCGGCCAAGUUUGACGGCAUCCUCGGCCUGGGCUUCAGCACCAUUUCUGUAGACGGCGUCGUCCCCGUUUUCGACAACAUGCUCAAGGAAAAGCUCGUCGACAAUGCCGAAUUCUCUUUCUACCUCAACAGGAACCCUAACGCCAGCAGCGGUGGCGAAAUCAUUUUCGGCGGCACCGACUCGAAGCACUAUAAGGGAGAUUUCACCUACGUACCCGUCGAUAAGAAAGGAUAUUGGCAAUUUCACAUGGAUAGUGUCUCAGUAAAUGGCAAAACAUCCAGCUAUUGCUCCGGGGGCUGCGAGGCCAUCGCCGACACUGGCACCUCACUGAUCGCCGGACCUUUGGCAGAAAUCGACAAACUCAACAAAGAAAUAGGAGCUACACCCCUCACACAAGGAGAGUACGUCAUCGACUGCAACUUGAUUCCUAAGUUGCCCAAAGUUUCUUUCACUUUCGCUGGGAAAACAUUCGACCUGGAAGGAAAGGACUACGUCGUGGAAGUGGCUCAAAUGGGACAAAAGAUCUGCCUGAGCGGAUUCAUGGGCAUCGACAUUCCCAAGCCCAUCGGUCCUCUGUGGAUUCUUGGCGAUGUCUUCAUUGGACGCUUCUACACUGUCUUUGACUACGCCAACAGCAGGGUGGGAUUCGCCGAAGCCGCAUAAACAGUUCCUUUUAAAUUGCGAAUAAAAAAAAUUCACUUCUG